UACUCUACUUUGAUCAUAACGUGCACCCAGAGCACGAAGUGAUUAUUACCGUAAACAAUUAACUAUACAUAGACGAAUUGUGCGUUUCUUCUUAUAGUAAAUUAAAGUACUAAAAAUGCAAACUAAUGUUGUCUUACAAACAACACGCGAUAUUUAUUCUUUAAUUCGCAAUACUCGAAAUACUCGAUUUUUCACGCAACCGGUUACAGAAUAUUGUUUGACAGUUCAACGACAUUUCAAUGUUUACACUCGUGGUACUACCAUUGAUAACAAUGGUUAUGAAAAACCCAGCACAAAAAUUAAUGCUUCAUUGAGAACUGAUUUUAUUCAAGAGUAUAUGAUUCCCAAGACUGUGAACCACGAAUACGAAGUUUUUCAAAAUUUUAGAUAUAGGUCUAAGGCCUGUGCGUCAAAAAGAAGGGUAGUUUUAAAAAAUCUUGAAUCUUAUUCACAAGUACUACAUAUUGGCUUAUUAAGUCACAGUACACCAAGGACAUUGUCUGUUGCUGUUAGACAUUUUUCCACAAAUUCUGCAUCAGAGCAUGUUGGCUCAAAUAACAUUGAAGCACCUUUGAUGGUAAUGACAGGAAUUUGGAAAAAAUUAUCAGAAUGCCCACCUGUUGAAUUUGUACAAAAUUCGUUGAUCUCAUUGCAUUCAAGUACAGGUUUGCCUUGGUGGGCUACCAUAGUACUUGCUACCGUCAUGACAAGAAGCAUAGUAACAAUACCACUAUCAUGUUAUCAGGUAUACAUUACGGCAAAAUUGCAUAAUCUUAAAUAUGAAAUGGAAGACAUAGUGAAGGAACUUAAGAAAGAAACUAAUUUGGCUGUAAGGCAAUUUAAGUGGACUGAAGAUUAUGCCAGAUCUGUAUACAAUCGAUCACUGAAUACACAAUGGAAUAAAUUGAUUGUCCGUGAUAAUUGUCAUCCUAUGAAAGGAGCCAUACUUGUAAUCGUUCAAAUUCCAUUAUGGGUGAUAUUAUCAAUUACCCUCAGGAACUUGUGUUACAUGCUGCCUCAUGGAGACACAGCUGCUCAAAUAACUUAUCUCGAAAUGGCAGUAGGUGGAUUUGCUUGGAUUUCGAAUUUGACAUAUCCUGAUCCAACGUUUAUAUUGCCAGUGUUGUAUGGUCUUUCAAACUUGGCAGUUAUUGAAAUUCAUCAUAUGCUGAAGGUUGGAGAACACAAUAAAACACAAAAAUACGUUACAAAUUUUAUGAGGUGUUUGUCUAUAGCUCUGGUGCCAGUGGCUGCAUACAUACCAUCAUGUAUCACUUUGUAUUGGACGACAAGCAGUUUAUUUGGAAUUUUUCAAAAUCUUCUUCUUGCGUGUCCAAAAUUUCGAAGGCUCAUGAGGAUACCUAAAACAGAUGUAGAAUUGGAACAUCCGUACACAUAUCUUUUCGAAAAAAUCCGUAGCAGGUUGGGCCUUCAAAAGGAAUUAGAAAGAAUGAAAAAACUGUGAUAUCCCGUGUAAUCUUAUGUAUCAAUUAUAAAUAAAUAGCUAUUUCAUUUAUA